AGCCACUGCUGCCUGCCCAGCAUCUGUGGGGUUAAGAGAAGAGGGCAGAUGUGCUUUUUUCCCCUAAAAGACUGGAUCCAUCCUCCCCAAGCUCUGCAGUGUAGGAUCUGGAACCAGAGGGGAAGGACAGAUGUACAAACAUUGAGCUUACUUAAAAUUAUGAUCCUCUAGGGAAGCAGAGCAAAGUUGCCUUUUAUGGUUCCCAGCAAAUCCUGGCAAUGUGUGAGAACGUCCCCUUGCACCCUCCCUGCGAGUUCCUCCAGGCUGUUCCCUGCUGAGAAAACAGGGGAGGAAAAUAAACCCGAGCCAACCCAGCCCCUUGUUCUGGUGAGUCGCAGGGAGGGUUCCGCAGCUGGAAACGCGUCCUGCCAGGCUGUGGGAGCACUCAGUGCCCCAGCAGGCAUGAGCCUGAAAACCGUGCUCAUCCUCCUUGGUCUGGCGCUAGCCACAAUAUUCGCUUUGGUCUGCGUGCUGCUGACCAGAGAAAGGACCCCCAGAACCUGCCAGCACCUGCCCCCGCAGCAGGAGGAGAUGGAGGACGGCCAGAGCCUGGUGUUUGCUGACCUGACAGCCGAGGAGCUGUCACAGGUGGUGCGGUACCUGCAGGGACACCUCGGGGUGCCGCUGGUUGAGGCCUCCCGCGCCAAACCCUCGGACAACUGCAUCGCCUCGGUGGAUGUGCAGGUGCCCGGCAAGGCAGAGGUGCUGCGGUUCCUGGACGGCGCGGGGGCUCGUCCCCGCCGAGAGGCGCUGGCUGUGCUGUACUUUGGGAACCAGCCAGACCCCAACAUCACCGAGUACGUGGUGGGGCCGCUGCCGACGCCGGCGUACCACCGAGACGUGACGGUGCAGAAGUACGGGGGGAAGGUGCCGUACCACCGCAGACCCGUUACCGGCAAGGAGUACACGGACAUCAACGCCCUCAUUCAGAGGGAGCUGAAAAAGGCACCGCGCUUCCUCGCUGCGUGCUGUGAGUCUGACGGGACCAGCCUGGUCGUCCUCACCACGGCCCCUCGGGGCUUCAAGUCUGGUGACCGUGUGACCUGGUUUGUUCUUUUCCACAACGUGGCUGGCACCGGCUAUUACCUGUCUCCAGUGGGGCUGGAGGUGCUGGUGGACCACGGGGACCUCCACGUCUCCCGGUGGCAGCUGCGCCAAGUCUUCUACAACGGCCGGUACUUUGCCAGCACGGGGGAUCUGGAACAGGAGUUUGUGGCCGGUACUCUGGAGGUUGUCAGGCUCAAGCAGCCCCAGGCUGAUGCAGUGCUGGGCUCAAUGAAGCCCCGGCGCCCACCUGGGUCCCCGGGCCCACUGCAGUUUGAGCCCCAGGGUCCCCGCUACAGCGUCAGGGGCAACCACAUCACCUUCCAGGGCUGGAGCAUCGCCUUCGGCAUGAACCCCAACACUGGCCCGCGCCUCUUUGACAUCAGGUUCCGUGGGGAGAGGAUUGUCUACGAGCUGAGUCUGCAGGAAGCCUUAGCCCUGUACGGCUCCAACUGCCCCGGGGGCAUGUCCACCCGCUACCUCGACGGCAGCUUUGGCAUCGGCAGGUUUGCCUACGAGCUGGUCCGGGGCCUGGACUGCCCCUACACAGCGACCUACGUGGACCGGCACUACCUGGCAGAGGCAGAUACUCCCAAAACCAACCAAAACUCACUCUGUAUUUUUGAACAUGACUCUGCUGUCCCUCUGAGGCGCCACUUCUCUGACUCACAGUCCUUGUACUACGGCGGGCUGCGGAAAAGCGCGCUGGUCAUCCGUACCAUCUCCACACUCAUUAAUUAUGACUACAUCUGGGACUUCAUGUUCCACGGCAACGGGGCCGUGGAGGUCCGGGUGCAUGCCACUGGCUACAUCAGCACCUCCUUCUUCCAUGGCCGAGGCACUGACUAUGGCAACAGGGUUGGGCCCCACACGCUGGGGACGAUGCACCUCCACCACAUCCACUACAAGGUGGACCUGGAUGUUGACGGGCAGCUGAACUCCCUGGAGACCCAGGAUAUGGAGUAUGAGUUUGUCAAAGAUCCCUGGAGCACACAGAACACCAUUGAGCGGCCAUACCUCCGCAGGCAAAGGCUGGAGAAGGAGGAUGAGGCAGCGUUCCCACUCAAUGUCCCCAUGCCCCGCUACCUCUCCUUUGUCAGCCCCAAUCCCAACAAGUGGGAGCACCCACGCAGCUACCGGAUCCAGAUCAUCAGCUUUGCUGGGAAGCACCUGCCCACCAACAGCUCCAUGGAACGCUCCAUCAGCUGGGGCAGGUACCAGCUGGCCGUCACCCGGCGGAAGGAGGAGGAGCCCACCAGCACCAGCAUCUACAACCAGAAUGACCCCUGGACUCCCACUGUCGCCUUUGCUGACUUCAUCAACAACGAGACCAUCACCAACGAGGACUUGGUUGCCUGGAUCACUGUGGGGUUCCUGCACGUCCCUCACGCUGAAGACAUCCCCAACACGGUGACUGUGGGGAAUGGUGUCGGCUUUUUCCUGAGGCCCUACAACUACUUCAACGAGGAUCCCUCGGUGGAUUCAUCUGACAGUGUCUACUUCAGCAGUGAACAGGAUGUUGGGGCCUGUGGGGUCAAUCCCCUUGCCUGCCUGUCCUCUGCCACUGCCUGUGCCCCCCACCUGCCCCCCUUCCACUUUGGGGGCUUCCUCAACCUCAGCCUGGCACCGCCUUUUGGUGGGCUCUGAUGGGCCAGGGGGUGCUGCUGGCUCUCGGGUGGGUGCUCAGAGGGUCUCUGUCCCACAGCAGGACCUGCCCUCCCUGCCCAGGGUGUCACGUGCUCAGGGUCAGGUUUUGGGAGAAGCUCAGUUCUUGUUUCAGCGCUGCAGCUCUGCCAAAGAAGGACUCAAAACCUCUGAAAAACAAGCCCUGGGAGUGAUUUCAUUCUUUCAUCCUGGAUGUCACCCUGUGUACUGUGACAUGCCCACAGCUGCUCCCCUCCUCUGGGAUGGGGCUUCCACCACCUCAUCAUUGGUGUACCCAGGGUGACAGUGCUGGCCAAGGCUGCCCACAGCACAAAGCUGCAGCUGCCCUAGGAGCUGAGGUUUUGUACCAUGGAGGGCUGUGGUGUUGCUGUGGACCUGCCAUGGGAUGCCCAAACAUCCUCCCAGCCACGCAGCCAUUGCAGCAUCAAGGCCCCUGUGCCCAGGCACUGCCAGGCUCUGCCUGCUGCUGCCAGCUCUGCAGAUGGAGAUGCACUGGGCUCGCUGGGAGGCUGCUGGAGCUCGUGGCUGGGCUGUCCCAUGUCUGCCUUUCCCAAUAAACAGGCACUCGAGUGUUUUUCCUGAACAAA